AUGAGUAUGAUAAGCGACGAAAGUGAAAUGGAUUUAGAAAAGUGUGUACAGAUGUAUGAAGAGGAGGAAAUAGAAUUACCAGAGGACAGUUCUGGCGGAAAGUUGACAUACUUCCUUGCCCCAUAUUUCUUCGAGAAAACAUGGAUAUCCGACAUUAUCCUUCCUCUUUCCGCUGCAUAUUCGUCAUCGUUUGUACUGUUGGCGUACUCUAGUCUGCGCGGCUUUUAUGAUGAUCAACUUGAAACAAAACUCUCAGAUAUAUUUUCCCCUUUAUGGAUGAUCAUUCAUUACUUCCUAUGCUUUACUGUGUUUUUUAUGAACUUCAUCUACCAUAGGAAAAAAAUUGAUAUUGAGACAAAAGUGCUCCAAAAGUUAUUGAAAGAAGUCGGUGAAAUGGACCUGACUGGGGAUCCAGUAGCUUGGCGGAGAAUUGCAUCUAGAGUUAAUCACUUUUCUGAAGAGAAAGGAUAUCAUUACUCCGUUUUUUACGGUGGGGGGCAUUGUAUGCGCUUUUUUGUGAGAGAAUUAGUAAAACCAAUAGAGCGUCAGACCUACGACAUCCGAUGUUACUGCGAGGGGAAGAUGUACAGGAAUUUUUGGAAAAAUCCAUCAAAUAAGGUGCUAGUUGAGAGAGCAGUUGCAAAUUAUGACGAAAGCGUUGAAAACUUUGGUGAAUUAUCAUAUACGGCAGAGGAAGAUGGAUGUAGAGAUGAUAUUUUCGAGAAAUCUCGUAGUAUUUUCAACACCUCAAUGCUUUACUUGGGGACAAUAGAGGUCGCAUCCUUUAUGAUCAUGGCCCUGGCCCUCCUUGUCUUGCUGAUUUCUCGUGCCAUUUUUAAUUCAUUCCCUACCCCUCAAUAG